UUUGAAGUCAGCAGAUAAUUAUACAGCAGAAGAAGAAGAAGCAGCUUCUGUCUGCACAUGUGAGCAGCAUGUCUCCUCCAGGAGGGAAGAUAAACAGACCCAAAACGGAGUUGGGGAAGAAGCUUUUCAAGCGGCGGCGUGUUCUCAGCAGAGACAAGAGGAAGAAACGGCAGAUAGUCGGAGCCGUGGUCGACCAGGGCCUCAUCACCGUCCAUCACCUGAAGAAGAGAAAGUCGAGUCCGAGAGCGAACAUCACUCUGUCCGGGAAGAAGAAGCGAAAGCUGCUCAAACAGCUGCAGCACCUGCAGCAGGAGAAGGCCGGCAUGGAAGUCGAAGCUGCAGCGGAACAGCCGAAGAAACAGGACUCGUCGUCUGCUCCGAUUAAGAAGAAGAAGAAGAAAACCGCUGGAUCCCAGGAGGACGUAGAGAUGGCAGACAUUGAAUGAAGCGAUGACAGAAGUAUCAGCUGGGCAGCGUCCCACCGGUCAAUCAGAUGGACAAUCGGGACCCGGACCGUCCCUGCGUGGAACGCUGAAAUAUGAUCGAGCGGUUUCUCUGCGCAAACACGAGAAAGUUAAAUCAGUUUGUUCACAGUUUGUGUCCAGAGGAAUAAAAAUCUGUCUGCACAUGUUUGAGACAGUCAGGGAGGGUUUUUAUAUAAACAUACUGAGACAAUACAAAGACUCAGACAGAUACAGGAAACUACGGAAGAUCAUUUCUGCCUGGAAAAGGGAAAAAAAACAGGUGAAAAAUAAUUCACUUACAGAGUCAAACUUACAGUUUGUCAAAAAUUUGAUUUAAGUCUAAAUUAUUCAAUUUAAUUCAAAGUCAAAAUUAUGAAUUUAGCAAGUCAAUAUUUUUCUCUUUGAAAUUCCUAACAUUUAAUGUUUUUUUGUUCUUUUCUUGGCAUAAAUGAGCUUCCAUAGAUCCGCAUGUAGAUGCUUUAUAAGUAAACUGAAUUUCUCUGUGAUGUAAUUCAGUUUUGCAUGAUUAUAUUCUUUGUAUUUCUGUAAAUGCAAACCUCUUUGAUUAUUGAUAACCUGCCUAUAAACUGCUCACAUGAAGAGGGAUUUUAUUUCAAGUUAAAGGUUUUAUUAGAGGAAGAAUGUGCUUUUUAUCUGACCUUUGAGUUUGUCAAAAUAAUACUUUGGGUGAAAGUUUUAUUCUACUUCUAAAGCUUUGUUUGUGUUUUGGGCGUCCUGCAGGUCCUUUAGAUUUAUGACAAAAUAAUUUAUAACAGGGUUAGUUGUUCCAUAUUCAUCCACUUUGAUUGAUUAACCAUCAGUUUAUGACCUUGGUGGUCAUCUGCUGGCGUGCAUUAUAUUGAAUGGUGUUCCUGAUAUUUUGUCCACUCAAUUAGCAUACAUGAAGAGGGCAAAAUAUUUGGAAAACUUUUCAAUAUAAUGCACCACCAACACCCGCUACAACCUCGGUAAUAAACAUAAAGUAGAAUUUUCACUUUUCUGACAAUGUCAACAAAAACUGAAAAUAUAUAAGUUUCUUAAAUAUAGCUUUUAUGGCAGAGCUGUUGUGUUGGAUUACAUCAGAUUUCACCUGUCGUCCUAAUGAAGUGCAAAACAUGCAGCUUUACUUUGGACUUAACUAUUCCAUUAUUUGGAUUUCAGCUUUGUAAAUCUUAUUUUAGUCAUUAAAACCUAAAUCUAAAUCUUGA